GUCAUCGCCGCAGCGACCUCGAAUCGCUCGCCGACGACCGCGUGCGCCUCGACGAAUCGGUCGGUGACGCGAAUUUACGCGCGCGUGCGACGGACCGAACGACCGACGCCAUGCGCGAGGUGAUCUCCAUUCACAUCGGCCAAGCCGGGAUCCAGACGGGGAACUCGUGCUGGGAGCUGUACUGCCUCGAACACGGGAUCCAGCCGGAUGGCCAGAUGCCCUCGGACGCGUCCAUCGGCGCGGAAGAUGAUUCUUUCAACACGUUCUUCUCCGAGACCGGCGCCGGGAAGCACGUGCCGCGAUGCAUCUUUCUCGAUCUCGAGCCGACGGUGAUCGACGAGGUGCGCACGGGGGCGUACCGUCAGCUGUUCCACCCCGAGCAGUUGAUCUCGGGCAAGGAAGACGCCGCGAAUAACUUUGCGCGCGGUCACUACACGAUCGGCAAGGAAAUCGUCGACGUCGCGCUCGAUCGCAUUCGUAAGUUGGCGGACAACUGCACGGGUUUGCAAGGCUUUUUGGUCUUCAACGCCGUCGGCGGCGGCACGGGGUCGGGUCUCGGCUCGUUGCUCCUCGAACGCUUGUCCGUGGAUUACGGCAAAAAGUCCAAGCUCGGGUUCACCAUCUACCCGUCCCCCGCGGUGUCCACCGCGGUGGUCGAGCCGUACAACUCUGUGCUGUCCACGCACGCGCUGCUCGAGCACACCGACGUCUCGGUGAUGUUGGACAACGAAGCCGUGUACGACAUCUGCCGCAAGUCUUUGGACAUCGAGCGCCCGACGUACACCAACUUGAACCGCCUGCUCGCGCAAGUCAUCUCUUCGCUCACCGCGUCUCUGCGAUUCGACGGCGCGUUGAACGUCGACGUCACCGAGUUCCAAACCAACUUGGUGCCGUACCCGCGCAUUCACUUCAUGUUGUCAAGCUACGCCCCGGUGAUCUCCGCCGAGAAGGCGUACCACGAGCAGCUGUCCGUCGCGGAAAUCACCGCCAGCGCGUUCGAACCGGCGAGCAUGAUGGCCAAGUGCGACCCGCGUCACGGCAAGUACAUGGCGUGCUGCUUGAUGUACCGCGGCGACGUCGUGCCCAAGGACGUCAACGCCGCCGUGGCCAACAUCAAGACGAAGCGCACGAUUCAAUUCGUCGAUUGGUCCCCGACCGGGUUCAAGUGCGGGAUCAACUACCAACCGCCGACCGUCGUGCCGGGUGGCGAUCUCGCCAAGGUGCAACGCGCCGUGUGCAUGAUUUCCAACUCGACGGCGAUCGCCGAAGUGUUUUCGCGACUCGACCACAAGUUUGAUUUGAUGUACGGGAAGCGCGCGUUCGUGCAUUGGUACGUCGGCGAGGGCAUGGAGGAGGGCGAGUUCUCAGAGGCGCGGGAGGAUCUCGCCGCGCUUGAGAAGGAUUAUGAAGAAGUCGGUGCGAGUUCGGUAUCCGAUUUUCCGGACGAAUUUUGAUCGCCGCCGCCCCGUCGCGUGGCGGCGCUCGCUGGCGGCGCCGUCGCGGUAACGCGAGUCAGCGCCGCCUACCGCACUCGAUACGAUGAUACGAUGACCCGAAACAAUGUCGGGCAUAACAAAACGAGCACGACGCUCGCGAGAUCCGC